AUGAUCACCAUUACACCAGGGCUUUUGGCUUUUGACAGGAGAGAGACUUCCCUUCCUCCCCAUCCUGGAAACGGGGUCCACCCGCUUGAGGAGCGGUUAUCCAGGCAGGAAAGGACCACAGCUCUCCUCCUUGACCAGGCUUCCCAGAUUAAGGAUGACCUGGUCUCCUACCUCCAAGGACCUCGAGGGGACCAGCAAGGGGAGGCAGCUGCUCAGCAGGUGCUGCAAAGCCACGUACAGGCCGUUGUGGGUGCAGUCAAGCAGCUCCGCCAGGACGUUGAGGUUUUGGAAAUGCAAAUAAGAACAAGGGAUAAUGCCACAAUAGAAACUAACUUUGCUGUUCAAAGUCUGGACCGUAAAUAUAUCCAGGGUUUUGGAGACCUACGUGGAAGAGUGGCAAGAUGUGAAGCAAGCAUUGCGAAAUUAGCAGGAGACAUCAAUAUUAUCAAGCACGAGGCCCACAAGACUGAUAAAGAGAUUUAUGGCGUUCGCUCUGCCCUUGAAAAGUCUGUUAGUGAUUUUGAGAAAAAGGUAAUGCAGCUAUUAGGGAAGAUAGAGACUUCCAACUCUGAUCAAAGCUCAAAUUUAAAGACAGUCCAGGGAGAUCAACAUCACGAAUUGCAACUUCUGGAUUUCAAGUAGGUGAUGGAAGG